AACUUAUUCACUUAAGAGUAAACUUAUAGAUAUUAAUCUAUUUGACAAAAACAAAAAACACAAUUCUAAGAAUUUUUUAAUAUCGACUAAUUCGAAACAAUCAAUCCCACUGCCCACUUGCGAGGGCCCACGUUUAAAGGCAAUAAUCCACUAAAAUUGGCACUAGAGGGAAUCAAACUUGAGAGUAACAAACUCCAAGGUCUCAAGCCAACACCACUAGGUUAAGAUGGGUUCCAAUAUUUAAUUAUUAAUUAUUAUUUUAUAAUAUAAAUCAGACAGAACAAACAAGUAAAGAACAGAAAUUAGUUAUGGCAGCAACAAUGAUCAAAGUAGCAGCUCUUUCUGGUUCUCUCAGAAAAGCUUCAUACCACUCAGGCCUUAUCCGUGCAGCAAUUGAGUUGAGCAAAGGAUCCAUUGAAGGCAUUGAAAUUGAGUUCAUUGAUAUUUCAAAUCUACCUAUGUUGAACACUGAUCUUGAGAACAAUGGAACUUAUCCACCUUUAGUUGAGGCUUUUCGCAACAAGAUUCUUCAAGCUGAUAGUAUUCUUUUUGCUUCUCCUGAGUAUAAUUACUCUAUCACAGCACUAUUGAAGAAUGCAAUUGAUUGGGCAUCUAGACCUCCAAAUGUUUGGGCAGGCAAAGCUGCCGCAAUAGUAAGCGCGGGAGCAGACUUUGGUGGCGGUAGAUCGCACUAUCAUCUACGCCAAGUUGGAGUGUAUAUUGAUCUUCAUUUCAUCAAUAAACCCGAGUUCUUUCUAAAAGCAUUUGAACCCCCUGCAAAGUUUAACGAUGAUGGCGAUUUGAUUACUGAAGAGGCCAAGGAUAAGUUGAAACAAGUUCUUUUAUCUUUGCAAGCAUUUACUCUAAAACUUCAGGGCAAAAAUUGAGCCUUGAAUUACUCUAAUGCACAAGAUAUUGUUGAAAUAAGAUGUGGAUAUUGGAAUUAAUAUUGUAAUUUAGAAUGUGCAUGACUUCAUUACAGCAUUGAAAUAAAGCUUGAAAUAGUAUUAUUAGUUCCUUAGUUACAUUUAGAGUAAUGUUCUCUAUUUCCCUCUUGUUUUUGUUUCAGUUUUAUUGGUUGAGUAUAUGAUGUACCAUGUUAAAUUUCUUACCCAAUUCCAAGUGCAAUUCUAGACAAUAGUUGAAUGGGAA